AUGCAUCAUUUUGUCCUAGUUGACAAACUGGACGUACCCACGAUGGUCGAUGCCUUCAUCCACCGCGUAUUCUCUCUCUAUAGAGCCCCCAAAUUCAUCACGUCCGACAGGGGAACGCAGUUCAUCUCACAGUUCCAGCAACGACUAGCAAAGCGCCUGGGUGCCAGGCUAAAACUCUCGUCAGCGUACCAUCCAGCUUUGAACGGACAGACAGAGAUCAUGAAUUCUGUACUUGAGCAAUACCCGAGGAUUUACAUCUGGCUCGAUCAAGACGACUGGGUGGAUCACUUGCCCCUCGCGGAGUUCGCUUCAAAUAACUCGGUCUCCAGCACCACGAAGUUCUCACCAUUUUUCGCUAAUUACAGUUGGAACCCACGCCUCAGCAUCGAGCCGCCCUCACCGCGACCUCCGAACAUGUCAAGAGAUGAAGCACGGGAAUGGGACAAGGCUGACAGGCACGCUGAACUCAUAAAAGAUCUAUUCAAAGAGCUCCGUCACAACAUGGCUUGCACACAAGAAGACCACAAAAAAUACGCAAAUACGAAGCGAGGGGACGCCCCAGUGUACAACGUGGGAGACCUCGUAUGGCUCAGCUCCGCAAAUAUCGUCACUCAGAGACCUUCGAGGAAGCUGAGUGACAAGUGGCUGGGACCAUUUGCAGUAUCACGGACAUACAAGCGCGCCUGCGCCCUCGAGCUUGACAACCGAUUCAACGACAUUUUCCCUGUGUUUCACCACUCGCUGUUGCGCACGGUUAAAGAACCACGCACGCAGGACCAGGUGGCAAUUAACUAG